AAGUUGGAAAUUGAGCGGAGAAUUGAGUUGCCCGGGAACAGAGCCGCGGCCGCCGCCAGAGCGAUGUUCCCGCAGAGCCGGCACCCGACGCCGCACCAGGCUGCAGGCCAGCCCUUCAAGUUCACUAUCCCGGAGUCCCUGGACCGGAUUAAAGAGGAAUUUCAGUUCCUGCAGGCGCAGUAUCACAGCCUUAAAUUGGAAUGUGAGAAACUGGCAAGUGAAAAGACAGAAAUGCAGAGGCACUAUGUGAUGUAUUAUGAAAUGUCAUAUGGAUUAAACAUAGAAAUGCAUAAACAGACUGAAAUCGCCAAGAGAUUGAAUACGAUUUGUGCACAAGUCAUCCCAUUUCUGUCUCAGGAACAUCAACAGCAGGUGGCCCAGGCUGUCGAACGUGCCAAACAGGUGACCAUGGCAGAGCUGAAUGCCAUCAUCGGGGUACGUGGCCUACCAGGUCUACCUCCUACACAGCAGCAGUUGCAAGCUCAGCAUCUUUCUCACGGCCAUGGACCUCCAGUGCCCCUCACCCCUCACCCUUCGGGACUUCAGCCUCCUGGAAUCCCGCCCCUCGGCGGCAGUGCCGGCCUCCUGGCGCUGUCUAGUGCUCUGAGUGGCCAGUCUCACUUGGCAAUUAAAGAUGACAAGAAGCACCACGAUGCAGAGCACCACAGAGACAGAGAACCGGGCACAAGUAACUCCCUCUUGGUCCCAGACAGUCUAAGAGGCACAGAUAAACGUAGAAAUGGACCCGAGUUUUCCAAUGACAUCAAAAAAAGAAAGGUGGACGAUAAGGACUCCAGCCACUAUGACAGCGAUGGUGACAAAAGUGAUGACAACUUAGUUGUGGAUGUGUCUAAUGAGGACCCCUCGUCUCCACGAGCAAGCCCCGCCCACUCACCCAGGGAAAAUGGGAUCGACAAAAACCGUCUGCUAAAGAAAGACGCCUCCAGCAGCCCGGCAUCCACCGCCUCCUCGGGAAGUUCCACUUCUUUGAAAUCCAAAGAAAUGAGCUUGCAUGAAAAAGCCAGCACGCCUGUUCUGAAAUCCAGCACACCGACACCUCGGAGUGACAUGCCAACGCCGGGCACCAGCGCCACUCCAGGACUACGUCCAGGCCUCGGCAAGCCUCCAGCCAUGGACCCCCUCGUUAACCAAGCGGCGGCCGGCCUGAGGACGCCCCUGGCGGUGCCGGGUCCGUACCCUGCGCCUUUCGGGAUGGUGCCCCACGCGGGCAUGAACGGCGAGCUGACCAGUCCCAGCGCCGCCUACGCCAGCCUCCACAACAUGUCGCCGCAGAUGAGCGCGGCCGCAGCCGCGGCCGCCGUGGUGGCCUAUGGGCGCUCCCCGAUGGUUGGGUUUGAUCCUCCCCCUCACAUGCGUGUACCUACGAUCCCUCCAAACCUGGCAGGAAUCCCCGGGGGGAAGCCCGCAUACUCCUUCCACGUUACUGCAGACGGUCAGAUGCAGCCUGUCCCCUUCCCCCCGGACGCCCUCAUUGGCCCCGGCAUUCCCCGACACGCUCGCCAGAUCAACACCCUGAACCACGGGGAGGUGGUGUGCGCGGUGACCAUCAGCAACCCCACGCGACACGUGUACACGGGUGGGAAGGGCUGCGUCAAGGUCUGGGACAUCAGCCACCCUGGCAACAAGAGCCCUGUCUCUCAGCUCGACUGUCUGAACAGGGAUAACUACAUCCGUUCCUGCAAAUUGCUCCCUGAUGGCUGCACCCUCAUAGUGGGAGGGGAAGCCAGUACCCUGUCCAUUUGGGACCUGGCGGCUCCCACCCCGCGCAUCAAGGCAGAGCUGACAUCCUCGGCCCCCGCCUGCUACGCCUUGGCCAUCAGCCCCGACUCCAAGGUCUGCUUCUCAUGCUGCAGCGACGGCAACAUCGCCGUGUGGGACCUGCACAACCAGACGCUGGUGAGGCAAUUCCAGGGCCACACAGAUGGGGCCAGCUGUAUUGACAUUUCUAACGAUGGCACCAAGCUCUGGACGGGCGGCUUGGACAACACGGUCCGGUCCUGGGACCUGCGCGAAGGGCGGCAGCUGCAGCAGCACGACUUCACCUCCCAGAUAUUCUCCCUUGGUUAUUGCCCAACUGGGGAGUGGCUGGCCGUGGGCAUGGAGAGCAGCAACGUGGAAGUUCUCCACGUGAACAAACCUGACAAGUACCAGCUGCAUCUCCACGAGAGCUGUGUGCUAUCCCUGAAAUUUGCUUAUUGUGGUAAAUGGUUUGUGAGUACUGGAAAAGAUAACCUCCUCAAUGCUUGGCGGACCCCCUAUGGAGCUAGUAUAUUCCAGUCCAAAGAGUCCUCAUCCGUGCUCAGCUGUGACAUCUCUGUGGACGAUAAGUACAUAGUCACUGGCUCAGGGGACAAGAAGGCUACAGUCUAUGAAGUCAUCUACUGAAAACAUUAUGUGGUUUAACGUUUAUAGUUGAAUUGGGCCAAAAUGUUUUGAAUUUGUAGAAAUAGAAAAGUUGUAACUUUAAAAACACAGAAACCUGUUUCCAAACCUUGACACAAAACUACUUUGCGUCUACAAAGAGGAGGCAGUGAGCACAUCAGCAGAAGGUCACCUACCUACCUAGACCAAAUGGAGCACCGAGGCAAAGUGGACAGAGGGGUGAGGGUUGUGGGCUUGAGGAAUGGAGCCCGCUGACCCGGGCAGAGUCCAUCCUUUUCUUUCUGUGAGACCUGCCGAGAUUACCUUUCUGUUCCUUGCCGUUACCCUCCUGUCUGUCCUUGGUAGAGCACUGGUGUCUCCAAUGAACUUGUUUCCUCGUUUUGCAUCUUGUGAAAUGUUUUUUUGUAUUUUUGUUGAAGGUUAAACAUUUGUAUAAAUUGUAAAUAUAUUUGGUUUAUUACAGUAAAGGCUUUAGUACCAAUAA